UUUCUCUAUCUUUCAACCAAAAUCAUUCAUUCUUUCAUUCUCUAACACAAAGCUCCCUAGCUACAUCACUUGAAAAAAUGCGUUCCUCUAACUCUAAGCCUCAAAGGGCCACUCCAAAAAUUGCUCCAAUCAAUGGUCGCCCUGUCCUUCAACCAAAAUCUAACCAAGUUCCAAGCUUGGAAAGGCGCAAUUCACUUAAGAAAAUUACUUCACCAAAAUCUCCUACUCUACCACCAUUACCAUUGCCAACUACUGCAGCUAAUAAUAAUGUUAAAACUACCAAGUCUUCAAUGUCUCCUCCCAUCUCUCCAAAGUUAAAAUCUCCAAGACCACCAGCAGUGAAAAGAGGAAAUGAAGCUAAUGAGCUGAACUCUAGUGCUGAGAAGGUGAUGAUACCGCGUUGCGCGACAAAGUUGGUGAAUUCGGUAAAGAAAACGAAGAGUAGUACUAAUGGUGUUGGAGUUGCACUUCCAUCUUAUGACUCUUCUUUGAUAGUUGAGGCUCCAGGAAGCAUAGCAGCAGCAAGAAGGAAGCAAGUUGCCAUUAUGCAAGAACAAAGAAAGAUGAAAACUGCUCAUUAUGGAAGAACUAAAUCUUCCAAGAGUUAUUUUGUUGCCACUGCCAGUAUUGGUAGAGAGGAAAAAAGAUGUAGCUUUAUUACUCCUAAUUCAGAUCCUAUCUAUGUUGCUUAUCAUGAUGAAGAAUGGGGAGUUCCUGUCCAUUAUGACAAGUUGUUGUUUGAAUUGCUAAUCUUGACUGGUGCACAAGUUGGAUCAGAUUGGACUUCUGUCUUGAAGAAAAGACAAAUAUUCAGAGAGGCAUUUUCAGGAUUUGAUGCAGAAGUUGUUGCCAAAUUCAAUGAAAAAAAGAUAACAUCAAUAAGAGCUGAGUAUGGCAUAGAUAUAAGCCAAGUUAGAGGUGUUGUUGACAACUCUAUCAGAAUUCUUGCGGUGAAGAAAGAGUUUGGAUCAUUUGACAAGUACUUGUGGGGAUUUGUGAAUUUCAAGCCAAUCAAUACCCAGUAUAGAUUAUGCAACAAGAUUCCCGUGAAGACCUCAAAAUCAGAAAACAUGAGCAAAGAUAUGGUAAAGAGAGGUUUCAGGUUUGUUGGGCCGACAGUAAUGCACUCAUUCAUGCAAGCAGCCGGUCUCACUAAUGACCAUUUAAUCUCUUGUCCAAGACACCUUCAAUGCAUAGCUUUGGAGUACUCUCAUCAGCCAACUGCAGCCCCAGCUCUCCAGCCUCUCUUAAUUACAAAGUUUUAGUGACGAGUUCAAAAAACUUAUUUUGGCAGCUUAAUUACAAUAUAACCAAGCUAAACUUGUUAGAAUAUUCUCUAACUAUAUAUAUAUAUAUAUAGAUAUUGUUAUAUAGAUAAUGGAAUUGUGAGUGUGUAAUU